ACAAAGAGGGAAUCUCUGAAGAUUACAGGGAUAAUUGGCCACUGCACAGUUAUAGGGGACAGAAACUAGGCAAACAAUUUUCAACCCAAAAAUCACUUGAAGGCGGCGUCAGACCGCACUGCUUACGCGCUGUGGCGGAGAGCGAAGAUGGCGGAGAAUAAUGUCGAACCGGAGCACGAAUGGAGCGACCGGGCCCUGGACACGGCGGACGACACUCUGGUGGCAAUGGAAACCCUGCUGGCCACACUGAGAGCCUUCGAAGACGUCCUAAGGCAGCAGGAAUUAUCCACAGCGGCUUCCACGGAGUACUGCGACAACUUCUGCCAGGCACUGAUGCACUACGCUGGGAGCAGGAACUCCAUGGAACACGGUCUGCCUCUUCUGGAGGUCUACUGUCUGUCCAUAAAUUGUUUUGCUGCGGCCCGAUCUCACCUCACUGCAGAGUCGGACCGAGUCGCCCUUGUUUUGAAGAGACUAGCUUUGAGCUGUUUUGAACUGCUGCUGUCAGUGCCUGAGAAUGAAAUCCCAUAUGAAGCCUGGGUACAGUUCCACCACUCUGUUCAGAUUGCCCAUGAUACCUUGCUGCAGUAUGGUAGCACAGACCUCCAAGCGUUACUCCAGAUCACAGGAGAGGGAGGAGCGUGGAGCAACCCUGUCCUUACAUCUCUCCUCACCGGCCAGCCCACCAGCCUAGAAGAAGUUGAUGCAUACAUCAGCUUGGAGGGUGAGGGCUUCAUGGAGAUGCGUGUGAAGCACCUGGAGAAGAUGGGGGAAGUGGCCAAAGCAGUGGUGCUGGCCAAAGCGUGCACUGAAUGCAGCGUCAUCUCCAACCAAGCUACUUUUCGACAAACAUUUGCCUCCCUGCUUUGUCACCUGCUGCCCAAUGAAGAGGCCAUCAUGGAGAUAUCCAGACUUGACUGUAAGGAUGUACUGGAGAUCACGUGUAGUUUGGAGACCGAGGGGGAGGAGAACACCGCCUUCAUCUUGUGCACAACUUUCCUGACACAGCAGCUACAGCAGCAGAGCCUUUACUGCUCCUGGGAGUUGACCCUGUUGUGGAGUAAGCUUCAGAAGAGGAUCGACCCCUCAUCGACCCCUCUUCUGGAACGAUGCCUUCAGCUAGGUGCCAUUGCCAAAACCGUCCACCAUUUGCUUUGCUUGGUCCGCGUCAUUCAGACAGGGACGGAGGAAAUAGGGAUACCUGCCUCAGUAGAACUUUGUGUCAAAGCCCUGCAACUUCCAAAGCAGGAUGACUCGGACUCGAGGAUCUCUGUCUGUAAGACAAUGUCCUUCCUACUUCCAGGGGAUCUUGAAGUAUUGCGUGCCUGCCUCCUCACAGAGUUCCUGCUCGGGCCCAGCCAGGACGUCUUCGGGUCCCUUCGGGAGGUUUACUUACGCCCAGACCAAAAGUAUGGCCAGGAGAUUGAGGUCAUAUCCAACUCAUUACGCUGCGAGCUGCUAUUAGCACUGAAAGCAUACUGGCCUUUUGACCCUGAAUUCUGGGAUUGGAAAACUCUCAGGUGUCACUGCAUUGCCCUUUUAGGGUUGAUGCCGGAGUCCGAAGAGGAGGGGGAGGAGGAGGGUAAAGAUGAGCCACAGGGAAUCACGGUGAAAGUAGAAUCUGAGCAUCAAAUGAGGAUUGAUGGACAUGUUGAUGGUCCUUGGCAGUCUUCUGACUUCCCAGGCAAAUCAGAAACAAAGAAAAACAGGUUCUGCUGUCAGAUUUGCAAGAGGUUGGUCACUGACACCCAACUCGUUCACCACUCCAGAAGACAUGAAAAGGACAACAGACACCCCUGCCCUCUGUGUUUGGAAAAGUUUAAGAGCAGAAGGGAUCUUGUGCCUCAUCUGAAAGACCAUGUGCAGAGUGCAAAACAUCUCGACAUAAAGAAAGAAGAUGGGCAGACACUGAUGAAUGAGGCUGAUAUUGAACCAGGGGAGAUCACCGUUGACCCUUCCUUAAUGCAGUAUUACAAAUCCACACGUGAUCCAGCUGUGCUGCACCACAUCGUGCAACAAGCCAAGACGGUGAAGGAGACAGAUGUGGACAAUGACGAGCAUGUCACAUUCGAAUACAUUGACCAACACUUCAGUGUCCAGAACCGGGAUGAGUAUCCGUGCCCAGGAACCGGGUGCACUCGGACUUUUAAACAUUCCAAGUACUUAUAUGUCCAUUUAAAGUCCGAGCACAAAGGGGAUGAGGGUGUGAAAUAUUUUCAUCAGGUGAGAGACGAGCGGGAGAAGUGCGUUUUUUGUAAACGCCAUUUUGCUUCUGCAUACCAUCACCGCAAACAUCGAAGAGUUCACUAUGGUGAUCUGCCUUACAUGUGUGUGGUUAUGGAUUGUGGCGCUCAGUUUGUUACUUCCAAUGAACUCGUCACACACAAACAGACCCAUGGCUAUCACCUAAACUACCAGUGUGACCUCAAAGAUUGUUACGUCACGUACUCAGACCUGGGACAAAUCUAUCACCACGAAGCACAGCAUUUCAGAGAUGCUGCCUUUACCUGCUCUAGCACUGACUGUCAUAAAUACUAUUUAUCCAAAAAAGAAUUUAUGACUCAUUUAUCCACACACAACAUCACCUUCUCUGAAGAAGACUUUGAGGCUCAGAGAAAGGCAAAGCGGAAACUUCUUGGGACGGUUACUGAGGCAACAAUACGCUCUAGUAAAUCAGUUGAUGAUAAGGAGACUGUAAAUGGAGAAGUCCUAAACGCUUCUGCAGUAAGUUGUGCUUCCUCUUUGCAUGCAUCAGAUAGCAAGGAGCCCAAAGCUACAACGACUGACAGCAAGGAGCCCAAAGCUACAACGACUGACAGCAAGGAGCCCAAAGCCACAAUGACCUUGGUUGCGGUGUGUUUUGAUGGAAGUAAGUUCACCUGUGGUUUUGAAAAGUGUGGCAUGACCUUCUCCAGAGCCAGAGAUGUCCAGAGGCAUUUUAAAUGUGCCCACCCAGAACACCUUAAGCUAGAGAACAAAGAGCACAAACAUGACAAAGAGCGGGGCUCAAAGUCCAAAGGGAUAAAGACUGAAACUGAGCCAGACAGUAAGGAGAAGGGAAAAGAGGAGUACUCGACUCCAGUUCAAUCCAUGGAGGCUGGCGAUGAAAGAAAAGAAGCCACUCAGCCCAAAAAUAGCAAAACAAACUCUUUAAGCCUUCAAACUGAAAAUGAUGGUCUGAGUGAAAUUCUCGUUGGGCUCGGUAAAUUGGACCUGAAUUCUUCAUCAGCUCGCAGUGUGAAAAGUGAGGCCUCUGAGUCGACUCCAUCCAACAUAGCUCUUCAUCAGGCAAUCAUGGCAACACCUCCCGUUGUGUUGAUUCAGAAGAAGCCCUUUCUUGAAGAGAAGGUUAAAGUCAAAACUGAGCAAGCAACAGAAGCUGCUGAAGAAGGCAGUGUGGACUCAUUAGCCACUGCUAAGCCAUUUAUCUGUCGGAUCAAAGAUUGCUGCUUUAGGACCGCUCAGAGUUUCAGCUUACGCCGCCACUAUAACACCAGACAUGGCCACACUAUAGAGCAGGCUAAAAAGUUGACAACAUCUUUUAAGCCUUACGUGUGCCAGCUUUGUUCCUGGAGUCACAGACAGAAAAAUUUGUUGAGGUCGCACUAUAUUCAGAUACACAACCUGAGUGAGACUUUGGUGGACAAAAUAAGCUUUGAAUCUUCACGGUUUAAGGGAAAAGACUCCAAACAACAUGCAUCUCAGCUCUUGACAAUGCAUGGGAAAAAAGUAUGGAAGAAAGUGCUCCCCGAGUUGCAAUGCCAACAGGAGAAAAAAAAAUCAACUGUGGUAAGAGAAAAUGGACAAAAUUUACUGACUGACAAUCAUUCUCCGUCUGAAGAGAUCGGAGAGGGAAAAGAGAAAGCCGACGAUCAAAAGGGACAAAGUGAGGAUACGACCACACAACAGGUCAGAACUACAAGACGUCUGGUAGCCAAAAGUAAUCUCUGCUAUAUUUUGGAUAAAUUCAGUAAACCCUUUCAUUGUGUCGCGAAAAACUGCGAUGCUGCUUUUUCCACCCAGGGAGGCCUGGUACGCCACCUCCAGCUGAUACAUCAUUACAAUCGCUCCCAGCUCUUGUUGGAAAAAGAUUUUGAUGCGCAUCGCAGACCAGAAGUGAGAAAAGAGCCUGCCAAGAAAAGGCCGUUGCCUAACUUCGAUGAACCUCAGCCCCAGUACAAGUGUCACUUUGCCAACUGCACCUCGUCCUACCACCUUAAGAGCAGCCUCGUGCGACACACUCGUGAUGUACACUCUCAGCCACAAGACCUAAUAAGAUGCAAUUUUGAAGGAUGCACAAGGGUGUUCAGCCAUAAUGAUGCACUUAAGAAACAUACACUUUAUAGUCACUGUGAGUAUUACGAUUCACUGGUGGUACGUCUGCAGAGCACUCACAAAAAGUCAAUUACUGGAUGCCAAAAGAAGCUUAUCGUCGCAACACAAAGUCCCCGGAAAGAAGAACCCAGUUCAACCACGCAAGCUGAGGGGUCCAGUCCAAAGCCCGACGUGAACCCCGAGUCAGAGGAAAUGAAAGAGGAGACGACUGUGGAGAAGAAAGUGUCAGGAGAAAAUAAAAGCGAGAGAAGAAAUCCCCGCAGCUGGUAUGCCGUCAGAUCUCAUGAAGAAGCGCUCCAGAUGUGCCGGGAUCGCUCUAUGAGCGUGGCCUACCCGUGCAUGGUCCAGGACUGUGAUUCUGUUGUCGUGUACUUGAAGAGCUUGCACCGUCACUACCUGAACGUUCACCACAUGAGUCGGGAAGAGCUUUCUGAGAAUAUAGCGGAGCUGGUUUUUAAUGCGAAGCAACUGGAGGAAUUGAUUCAGAGGAAGUCGGUCAGGCCAGCAGUCCAGGAAGCGUGUACCCCCAAUGGAGUUCGCAAAAUGGAGUAUCAGGCAGAGCCAGAAAACACAGGAGGGCUACCUGCGCCCAUGAGCUUACACAACAUCAAGGCAGAGACAAAGGAGGAUGCACUGGGGUUCUCUGAAGAGGAAGAGGAGCAUGAGACGCCACCUGUUGAGAGAAAUGGCGUCCUUGUUGGCGCAGAUGAGGUGCUUUACGGUGAGCCGAGCACCGGUGGGCAACCCGAAGACACGGCUGCAGCCACACAGAACGGUCAGAAACCGGAGGAGAGACUAAGCUUGGAUAAAAUCAAACCUCUUCUUCGUCCCCUCACUGUUGACCUCUCUCCACCGUGCUCGCUGCGCUUCACUGCCGAGGAGGCCUUCCUCGGCGUAUCGAGCACCAAGGACGGGGGCAAAAUGUCCAACGGUUCAGCACCGUUGCCGACUCUUGUUCGCCAGCCAUUAAAACGGAAAAACGAAUUGUCUGAACCGCCUUCAAACCUGAAAGACACUCGGCCUCACAGCCCUCCGCCACACCCUUUUGACAUUGUCGCCUAUAAGCCGACUGACUAUGAUUCCUCAUUCCUGAGGUUUAUCCAGGAGACGAGCCCAAAAGACAAGAAUACCGUUUCUGGUAAACGGCGAGACUCUUUCAGACGUAGUUGUUCUGUGAAGGAGAACAACCAGCUGCGAAUCUCUCACACCCGCAGCAGGCGCACUCAUUCCCCGCUGCUGAAGCCCCACGCGAUGACCAGAGACUUCACAUCAAUCCAGAACUUGAAAUCCAUCUUGGACAAAGCCCUGGCUGGGUGUGGGGACCUGGCGAUUAAGCAGCUUCAGUACCUCAGACCUGUCGUGGUCCUGGGGAGACCAGUGUGCAGCACCAGCCUGCCUGGCCUCUUUCCAGCGGACAGCAAACUGCUUCUUGGGAGUUAAUUUAACUGAGCACCUUUUUAACAUAGCCAUGACAAAUAACACUGUAUUUUUACAAUCUGUACCAGUAUUUUUCUUUCUCCCAAAAUAUUAGGAUUCGCUGCUUUUUAAGUUGCCAAACUGAUUAAUUACAGAAAUUAUAUUAGCAUUAAGAUCAAUAACGAGCUUAAACGACGCACAUUGGAUACAGGUGGAUUGUGUUUUUUUUUUUUUUUACAUCUGUGAUUAGAAAGCUUUCAGAUAACACCUGUUAUGUUAACUCAUUAUGAGUAUGUAUAUACUGUAGUUAUGCAAGAUAAUGUACAGAUUUUCAGAUUGUUAGAAAUGGUCAUUAGUGUAUUGCAAGGCCUUCUCAGUUGUGUGAAAAUAUGACUUCAAAACAUUUUCGUUCCUGAAAAAAUACAAGAGGAAUUAUGUUUUAUUAUUUUUCACUUUGGUUUCUAUUAAAUAUGUGUUGGAAUGCAGUGGACAUGCAUCGAACACUUUUUAAAGAAAUAAAUGUGGAAACGAAGCCCUCUACUUUCUGAAAUGUGUAAGUGACUUUAUUUUUUUUAUAUGCAAAGUCACGGAAAUGGCAUCGUGGGAGCUGUUUGCUAAGUUGAAAAUACACUUAACUAAUUUAAAAUCAUCUGUGUUGUGUCUGUUAUUCCACUGCCUGUAAUAUAGUAUUUACUAUUAAUGGUACACAAUAAGGUGCUGUUAUCAGAAAUUUAGUGUAUGUGCGUGUGUGAGGCAAAUGUGUUGAAUUAAAGUUUCACAUAAACAUUCUGCAAUACUGCAGCAUGAUAAUAUUGUACACAGUGGGAGAUUGUUUUUAUAUGUUUCUGAUAAAAUACUAUACACGCUUA